GGGGGGGCGUCGCUGGACUAACUCCUCCCGCCCUGCUCUUUCUGUUGCAGGGAAAGACAUCGGCAGAGCGAGCAAGGGAGGCGGAGGGGCAGAAGAGAGGACAAAGGGUUACCUGCUUAAGCACAAAUUGAGUUGGCGAGAGGGUUGUCUUGCCCAUCUGGAAAGUUUGACUUCCUUCCAGGGGAGAGGGGGGUGUUGACACCCCACAAAGGACCCCCAUCCUCAAUGGAGAGAAGGAACCCAUCACGCUACCUGCUUAAGCACAAAUUGAGCUAGCGAGAGGGUCGUCUUGCCCAUCUCGAAAGUUUGACUUCCUACCAGGGGAGAGGGGAUGUUGACAACUCACAUGAGACCCACUUCCUCCCUGCAGAGAAGGAACCCAUCACGGAGAAAGUGAUCCAAAUUCUGAGGAGACAACUUCAAUUUCAUUGAGAAUAAUGAAGGCAAAGUUAAAAUGUACAUAAUGUCCUUCUGUCACUGCGUACACUGCAUUUACAAUAAUGAACUCAACAGAAGAGAAACCAUCUAAAGCUAUGCAGUGCAAAAAGAGCUUGAACUGGAGCAAAACUCUUUGGAAAAAUCAACAAACUCGUAAGGGGGGAAACCAAUUAAAUGUAUGGAGUGUGGAAAGAGCUUCAGUCAGCGUGGAGCACUUAGAAUCCAUCAAAGAAUUCACACAAGGGAAAAACCAUUUAAAUGUGUUGAGUGUGGAAAGAGCUUCAGUCAAAGUGGACACCUUAGAACACAUCAGCGAAUUCACACGGGAGAAAAACCAUUCAAAUGUAUGGAGUGUGGAAAGAGCUUUGUCCAUAAUGGAAGCCUAAGAACACAUCAGCGAACUCAUACAGGGGAGAAACCAUUUAAAUGUAUGGAGUGUGGAAACAGCUUCAAUCAAAGUGAAUAUCUUAGACUGCACCAAAGAACUCACACGGGGGAGAAACCAUUUAAAUGUGUUGAGUGUGGAAAGAGCUUCAGUCAAAUUGGAAAUUAUAGAAUACAUCAGAAAACUCACACAGGGGAGAAACCAUUUAAAUGUAUGGAAUGUGGAAAGAGCUUUGGUCGUAGGGACGCCCUUACAAUACAUCAGCGAACUCACACAGGGAUGAAACCAUUUAAAUGUAUGGAAUGUGGAAAGAACUUCAGUCAAAGUGGAAACCUUAGAACACAUCAGAAAACUCACACAGGGGAGAAACCAUUCCAUUGUAUGGAGUGUGGAAAGAGCUUCCAUCAAAGUGGGCCCCUUCAAAUACAUCAGCAAACUCACACAGGGGAGAAACCAUUUAAAUGUAUGGAAUGUGGAAAGAGCUUCAGUCAAAGUGGAAACCUUAGUACACAUCAGAAAACUCACACAGGGGAGAAAUCAUUUAAAUGUAUGGAGUGUGGAAAGAGCUUCAAUCAAAGUGGAUACCUUCGACUGCACCAAAGAACUCACACAGGGGAGAACCCGUAUAACUGUAUAGAGUGUGGAAAGAGCUUCAGUCAAAUUGGAAAUUAUAGAAUACACCAAAGAACUCACACAGGGGAGAAACCAUUUAAAUGUAUGGAGUGUGGAAAGAGUUUUCGUCAUAGUCUGACCUUUAGAAUACAUCAGCGAACUCACACAGGGGAGAAACCAUAUAAAUGUAUGGAGUGUGGAAAGAGCUUCACUUCAACCAAAAACCUUAGACUGCACCAAAGAACUCACACAGGGGAGAACCCAUAUAACUGUAUAGACUGUGGAAAGAGCUUCAGUCAAAGUGGAAAUUAUAAAAGCCACCAAAGAACUCACACAGGGGAGAAACCUUUUAAAUGUAUGGAGUGUGGAAAGAGCUUCCGUAAUGGUGGAACCCUUAGAAGCCAUCUACAGACUCACACAAAGGAGAAACCAUGUAAAUGUAUGGAAUGUGGAAAGCUCUUCAGUCAGAGUGGAAACCUUAAGAGACAUCAGCAAACUCACACCAGAGAAUAACCAUUUAAAUGUAAGGAGUGUGGAAAGAGCCUCCGUCAAAGCGGACAUUUUAAAGACCCCAGAGAACAUUCACAGCGGGGGGGAGCAUUUAAAUGUGAGGAUUGCGUGUGCAAAGAGCUUUACUGAUAGUGAGAAAUCAUUUAAAUAUAUGGAAUGUGGAAAGGGCUUCAGUCAUUGUGGAAGGACAUAUAUCAGCGAGAAAUCAUUUAACUAUAUGGAGUGUUUAAAGAGCUUCGGUCAGAGUGAAAACUGUGCAAAACAGUAGUGAACUCGCAUGGGAAGAAGCCAUUUAAUUGCAUGGAGUGUGGAAGGAGCUUCAGUUGGAGUGCAGAUCUUAAUAUCCAUCAGCCGCUAGAUACAUAGAGUAUAUGUGAAGUUCUGGUGUCUGCAUGUAAAUUUGUAGCCAUGUAAUCAAGUAAUGAUUUCUCACAAUAGUAAAUGCAAUAUCAUAUGUCAUGAACUGUUUGCAGUUUGCAGAGAGUGUGAACCUGCAAUGCUGGUGGUCAAUGUUGAUGCUCUUUGAGUCGGCUGAAGUUCAGUCUUUGGUAGAGAGAGUUGGGAAUGUUGGUGUUUUGGGGUUGCUAGUAGAGCAUUGUGGAAAUUACAAGGUGAAAGUUCCAGUUGCAAAUGGGUAGCCGUGUUGGUCUGCCAUAGUCAAAACAAAAAAAAUUCCUUCCAGUAGCACCUUAAAGACCAACUAAGUUAGUUCUUGGUAUGAGCUUUCGUGUAGGUGAAAGUUGUGGUGCUUUGGAAGCAGGGUUGUUUAAAUUAGUACUAUACGAACAACCGUAUAACACCUAUUGUUGUAAUUAUACUAAAUGAACAAAUAAGACACAGAAAGAGUGAGGCCAUCUUCUUAUGUGCAUAAACCCUUUCUGUAGUUUUUAUAAUUGAUACACUAAUUGUGUUACAACCCUUCCUCUUCAUUGGUUCUCUGAUGGGCACAAUGUUCAGAUAAAACAUUAUUUCCAGUGGCAGCAGGAAUAGAGGACUGAAGAAAGCAGGGUUCCUGGGGUGUCCAGAGGGUGUGUGAAAGAGACUCCCUCCCCCGCUCCUCUAGAUGAAUAAAAGCAACCCUGGGGGAAGAGAAGGUGGUGGAGAGAGAGAAACAUGGCCUUGGGUGGGUGAUUCUGUUUUGAGUGCUGUCAGUAACUUCUCCAGAGGGGCUCUGGGGCAUCCUUUGCUCCUCUCUCCUUCCCAAGGGUCUGUGGCUCCUCCAAGUCCUCCUAGAGAAGGAUCCAUUAAUACGGCUUGGAGGGAAACAGUGUUCUAGAUCAGCUGCAGCCUUCUUUCUCUUUGGGGGGGCUGGAUCUUCCUUCUGUAUCUGCCCCCUCGUUUUGCAACCUCUCAGGUCGAGACUGAACUGGUGUUUCUGUUGUAAAAUUGGUUAACCCAUUUAGCAUAUGAUAGAAUUCGUAUAACUUAACAGUGAAUGAAAUAUAUGUACCUUUGUUAUACCUUCACCUUACUUUCUCUGAUGGAAGCUAUGUCUCAGUGCUCUAAUAAUUUCUAGGCUACGUGGACUUCUCAACCCCUACUUCCUUUCUCUUAUCUUUCAAACUACUGUUUAAAAAGUUUAGAAAUAGAAAAUUUAUGUGACCGACUCUUCUUCCCUUGAGUCUUCUACCCAGGCGUUGGGAGCCAUUGGAAUGGUAAGCUAAGGACUUUAUAAAGGUCUGGUUGUCAGGGAGAUGGACAAUAAAUGAAUGAAAUGUAAAUCCUAAGACAGCAAGACACCAGGAUACCCAAAAUAAUGGACAGAAGAACCGUUUUAGCUCCCUGACCUGUGACCUUCCAUUCCAUGUAUAACUUGUAUGAGCUAAUGCCUGUACCUUCCUCAAAAAAACCCUCUCAAAGUUGUACUAAAUUGAACCUCUGGUUUUGAGUUGCUGGAGCUAUUGCAAUAGCUUUUCUCUCAAUAAACUGGGUCCCUUCCGGAUGUUGAAUUUU